CUUUUACUUUUAAGCAUGACACUAUGCAGGAAUGUGCAGGUUUUAAUCUGAAAGAGGAACCAGUCGACGGCUUUUAUUUGAUGCAUAAUGUCGCACAACGCGGGGACAAACCAAAUCACCAUAAAUUAUCACCUUGUAGUCUUAAAUAUAUAUCAAUAGCGCUGUCUAUGAACAAAUCAACAACUUGUUUUACUGGUAGUGAGAUACCAUUUUGUGGUAAUGGUAUAGUUGAAGACGAGGAGGAAUGUGACUGUGGUAACGACUGCUAUACAGGUAAAGAUGCUUGCUGUCAUUCCCAUAAUGCAACUGAGGGUUUAAGAUGUAUGCUAAAAGCUGCGGCACAAUGCAGUCCAAGUCAAGGACCAUGUUGUGACAGCAGUAUUUGUCAGUUUAUAAAUAAAUCAGAGAAUUUUGUUUGUCAGAACUCUAAACCAUGUGUCGACGAAUUAUACUGCCAUGGAGAGAUGUACGGUCCUAAGUGCCCACCGCCACGUUUAGAUCAACAGCGAGAAGAUGGUUUUAUAUGCAGCAGAAAUGGACGUGUUUGUGACGCAGGGAGCUGUAAUGCGUCGAUAUGUAAACUGAUACAAUGGCGAGAAUGCUUGAUGUCCAAUGAUAAUGAAAACCUAACUAUUGAACAGAAAGAGAAGCUGUGUUACAUUGGCUGUCGGAGACGACGGUCUGAUGAGUGUAUCAGUUCACACGAUAUAGACAAGGUUAAACAACAUCCUGAAUUCAUGGCAUUGUUAUCAAAUAUUUCAAGUAAUGCAACAAUUCGUCCCGUACAGCUUCCAACUGGCACACCUUGUAACAAGGACACAGGCUAUUGCGACGUACAAAAACGGUGUCAAGUUGCUGGACCUGAUACACCAUUGCCUAGAAUGAAACAUUGUCAUCCUGGUACUAAAUGUGAAGGGAACAAUGUAUCUAUUUUAAGACAUUAUUGGUGGGCAAUCUUGCUAGCAGGUGUCGUAUGUAUAUAUCUGUUCUUCAAACUAUUCAAGAGUUUUUCUGUUCAUACAAAAUGUAGCAACCGAAACAUAGACUUUCUACGAAAUCCUCAUAAAACAGUACACCAGUCCGACAAUUCGGACGUGAAACAUACUAAAGAAAGAUUAUUAUCUUCAGUUAAAACUGUUAGAGCACUUUGGAAGCGAACGUAUACAGGACCUGGUCAUAGUAAUUCUGAAUUGAAUACCUUUGGCGAGGAGUUAGAAGCGUUGAACAACAACCCAUGACCUUAGGUCGUAGCAGUGCAGGAAUAUCAUCAGUAACUUUAUUGAAAAAUAUAAAAAAGGACAGAAAAAGACAUACGGCAUAAAUUAUGUAAAAAGAAGUAUCAAUAUUAAUAUGAAGAAAUUGUGGUUUUAUGCAAGUGUAAUAAUACAUUAUUAAUUGAUUUACAUUUUGAAAUAAACAAAUUUCAUUUAUGUUGAGAUCGUGUGCAGGAAACAUUAUGGUUUUGUUAGGCUAGCAAAAUGCAUUUUCUCAAAUGACAGAAAGAAUUGAUCCGUGCCCAACUUGGUCACUUAAAUGUUUCUUCAGUAGACAUUAUUACUGUUCGUGCUUAAUCGACAGUGCUUCAAAAUAAGCUACAAAUAGUUUAUUAUCAACAAUCAUAUUCAUUUUGUCACAUUAAUGGAUUUUCUGUAGCUCUGUAUAAGUGGU